GCCAUGGCGGCGGCGGCCCUGCGGCGGCUGUGCCCGGCGGCACGGCGGGCGAACGGCUGGCUCGGGGCGCCGUGCCGGGGUCACCGCCUCACGCCGGCGGACGACGAGCUGUACCAGCGGACGCGAGUGACGGUGCUGCAGCCGGAGUCCCCCAGCAGCAUGUUCAUCGAGGGCUACAACAGCCGCGGCUUCACCGUCAGCGGGGACGUGGUGGUGGGGCCCUGCGCCAUCCUGCCCCGCGCCAUCCUCCAGUGGAACGUUGGCUCCUACAUGGACAUCUCGCAUGCGAGUCUGUCGCUGUUCCGGCUGCUGGAGCCCCAGAUAGAGAUCCUGGUGCUGGGCACAGGAGACAGGGUGGAGCGGCUGCACCCCACCUUGCUGAAGCAGAUGCGUGAGUGUGGGAUCGCCGUUGAGGUGCAGGACACGCCCAAUGCGUGUGCAACCUUCAACUUCCUCACAAGUGAAAGGCGCAUGGCAGCUGCUGGGCUCAUCCCUCCACGGGGUAUCUACCUGGGGGUGUAGGUGCCUGCCCUGGCUGUGGGCUGAGCAGCUCUUCCCUUGCCUGUAGCCCAAAGCCCCUAACCAGCACCGCUCCCACUGGAGAAACACUUCAGACUAAACUGUGGGAGCUGCUCUCUGGGCCCUGGCUCUGGCCUCAGGUGUGGCAUUGCCCACAUGGGGGCCCUGGAGCACAGCCUGAGGCACGAGCAGUGCUGGCAGCCCUGCAGCUCUGCUGAGGUGGUUCCCGCUGCCUUGGCAGCAAGAAACUGUCACCUCAAGGCAGGGAGGAGGCUGACGGAGUGAACUACAUGGCCCUGGGGAACGUUUUGGGCACCAGCUGGGAAAUACAUGUAAAUCGUAAAUAA